CAGCAAUCCAGCAACAUGGCUUUCAAAUUCACCAGCUCUCUGCUCAUCCUGGCUGCCAUUGCAGCCAUGACUUUGGCGGAACCGGCACAUCUGCGCAAUCGCUCGUCUCGAUUCCGAUUGGCUCGCCAGGAGGCUGCACCACCGGCGCCAGUGGAUCCCUCCCUGGACAUUGCUCCCACGCCAGCAUCAGCGCCUUAUCCGCCUGCUGGUGUUACGCCAGCAAUUCCCUUUGAUCUGCCCACUGAGACAGAGACUGAAGCCCAACCAGACCUGACCUAUGGCCCUCCUGCAGAGCCCGAUAACACCUAUGGUCCACCAGCCGAGCCUGAUAAUACCUAUGGACCACCAGCCGAGCCCGACAAUACCUAUGGACCACCAGCUGACACUGCAGCUGAUCAGGAUCUGCCUCCAGUCGACACCGAUCCAGCAUCCGAGCCCAUCCCAGCUAGCCUGAUUCAACCUCGCAAUGGACGCCUGCGCUUCCGUCGCCCCGUCCCAGAGAAAUUGCGCUCUACUCAGAUCAGACGCUCCAAGCCCAUUUUAGUCUAUACCAUCUAAGGAUCACAUUGUUGAGAAUGUUUAUACGAUUAACCGAGUUAUCACGAUAAGAAUUGUUGUUAUUAUUAAAUAAAAUUUUAAAAUAUUGUUGUUGAAAACUA